AUGAAACGAGUUGCACAGCUGCUCUAUGGCCAUACGCUGUAUGAGGAAUGUGUUGUAAACAUUCCAAAGGAUACCAUGGAUCAUGAGCAUCUUGUCAAAACUGCCGCCAUGGUGGGUUUAGCUUUGCCAAAGUGUCCAUCGAAGGAGCAGCUUAACCAAUCAUUGGGGGAAAUCCCAUUAAAGGCCGACCAAAAAAAUUCGACGCAGACUAUUGAAAAUUGA